CCGCGCAGUCCGGUCCGCCAUGCGCGCGCUGCUGCCGCUGCUGAGCGUCGGCCGAGGGUGGCGCGUGGGGGCCGCCGCCCGCCCCCCGCGUCGCGUCAUGUCCCUGUACCGCACGGAGGAGCGCGGCCAUCCCCACUCGGAGGACUACCGCCUGUUCUUCAAGAAUGUAGCUGGUAACUACAUUUCCCCUUUCCACGAUAUUCCUCUGAAGGUGGACCUUAAAAAGGAAAAUGUCAUUCCCAGAAAGAAAGCACGAAAUGAUGAAUAUAAGUCAGAGCACACGGCAGCUGGCGAGGAGAAGGGCGAGGUAGCAGGAGCCCCUGAUCAUCAAGUGCAAAUGGUGACUGAGACUGUGGCUUGCAUGCUCCAGUUUCAAACCUGUUCCUCAUCUGCUGCUCUUUUGGCCCAGUUCAGAUCAGUGCAAGUGGCUUUGAAUUUGUUUAAUAUGGUUGUGGAAAUACCUCGGUGGACAAAUGCCAAAAUGGAGAUUGCCACCGAGGAGCCACUGAAUCCCAUUAAACAAGAUGAAAAGAAUGGAAAGUUGCGCUAUAUACCAAAUAUCUUCCCACACAAGGGCUAUAUAUGGAAUUACGGAGCCUUCCCUCAGACCUGGGAAGAUCCUCAUCAAAAAGAUAAGAACACAAACUGCUAUGGAGAUAACGAUCCCAUUGAUGUUUGUGAAAUAGGCUCAAAGGUUCUUUCCCGUGGAGAUGUGAUCCAUGUGAAGGUCCUUGGGGUUUUGGCACUUAUUGAUGAGGGUGCCACCGAUUGGAAAAUAAUUGCUAUCAAUGUGAAUGAUCCUGAGGCUGAAAAAUUUCAUGAUAUUGAUGAUGUUAAGAAGUUCAAACCAGGUUACCUGGAAGCCACUCUUAAUUGGUUGAGACUGUAUAAGGUACCAGACGGAAAACCAGAAAACAAGUUUGCUUUUAAUGGAGAAUUCAGAAACAAGGCUUUCGCCCUUGAAGUUGUUAACUCCGCCCAUGAAUGUUGGAAAGCAAUGCUCAUGAAGAAACGUGACCGUGGAACUAUCAAUUGCACAAAUGUGCACAUCUGUGAUAGCCCUUUCCAUUGCACUCCAGAGGAAGCAAGAUCAUUAGUUGAAUCGAUCCCAACACCUUCAAUGAGUAAAAUAAGCAAUAUCGAAGAAGAUAGGUGGUACUUCCUCGACUGAUUGGGACACUGGAGGUACUGCAGUAAGACUUCAACCUCUGAGGAUCCCUGAGGCUCCUUUUCCCUUAGUGCUCUUGAGAAGCAAGCUGAUGCCCAGCCCAUUUGAUGACUUCCUGUCAAAACAUCAUUGUUCUAAAACUUUUUAAAUAAACUUGUAAAUAAACACUGACAUUUUGAACUUC